AUGUACUCUCCCCGACAUCGCACCACCAUAGUCUUGGUUUUGCUCUGCUUCUACUAUGCGCCGCGCGGGGCCUCGUCGCUCUCCUUCAGCUUCAACUUCACAGACCCCCUUAACGAUGGCCAGUCGUUCAUCGAUCACAUGGGCGAUGCCUUCUUCGGUACGCCAGGUCUCGAGCUAACGAGGAACGCACAUAAUGCCAACACUAAAAGAAGCACGGGCCGGGCGUCGUACAAGUACAAAGUGCCGCUGUGGAACAAGGCCACCGGCGAGAUGGCAAGCUUCACCACCAACUUCUCCUUCCGGAUCACUCCCGACAACAACAGCCGAUUUAUGGGCGACGGGAUGGCCUUCUUCCUCGGCCAUUUCCCUUCCGAGAUCCCGUCCAACAGCGACGGCGGUGGCCUCGCCCUCCUCCCGAAUUCCACAACCAGGACAGGCCAGAUCUCCAUCGUCGCCGUCGAGUUCGACACUUACCUCAACCCGGCAUAUGCUGAUAUCAGCGGGAACCAUGUGGGCAUUGACGUCAACUCCAUGAACUCCACGGCAUCCACGGACACGACGAACCAGCAGGGCAAGAACCUAACGUCGUCCAAAGUUAUGACGGCCACCGUCAAGUACAAGAACGACUCCAAGUUGUUGACCGUUGAUCUCCUAAUCGACGGUGCAUUGUACCAGGUAAAUACAAGCGUUGAUCUGAGCCAAAUAUUGCCGCAGGAUGUGGCCGUCGGCUUCUCGGCGGCGACUGGCGCGAAUGGCGAGGUGCACCAGGUACUCUCAUGGUCAUUCAGCUCGACUCUGCAGCUGCCGACAACCGGCAACAAUCACAAAAAAACACUAGUUAUCCUCCUGUCCGUGCUGGUUCCUCUGCUACUCCUGUUGGUAUGUGCGGCCGCCUUGGCACGGCGGCGACACAAGAAAAAAAGAUCGAUGAGAGCGAAUGAGGACCGCGGCACGGAUAGCGGUUCCGAAGAAGAGUGUAUCAACAGAGCUGAGCUCCAGAGAGGUGUGGCUGCCGGCGGCCCCAAACGGUACUCGUACCGCGAGAUCGCCGCAGCAACGAGCAACUUCGCAGAGGAGGAGAAGCUCGGACGAGGCGGCUUCGGGAGCGUGUACCUUGGUCACAUGGCACUCGUCGGUGGUGAGCAAGACCGUCGUCCGGUGGCGGUAAAGAUGCUGUCAGCGGAGUCUUCCGCGCAAGGGAGGAAGGAGUUCGAGGCAGAGGUGAGGAUCAUAAGCAGGCUGAAGCACCGAAACCUUGUGCAGCUGCUAGGUUGGUGCGACAGCCGCAAGGGGCUCCUGCUUGUCUACGAGCUCGUCGCAGAGAGCAGCCUCGACAAGCACCUCCACAGCAAAGACAGGUUCCUGACAUGGCCGCAGCGGGACAACAUAAUCCUCGGCUUGGGGUCCGCGCUGCGGUACCUCCACGGGGAGUCGGAGCAGUGCAUCGUGCACGGCGACAUCAAGCCAAGCAACAUCAUGAUCGACUCGUCACUGAGCACCAAGCUAGGGGACUUCGGGCUGGCACGGCUCGCCGACCACGGCACGGGACUGCUGCAGACCACCAUGGCCGUGCUCGGCACCGCCGGCUACAUCGACCCGGAGUUCGUCUACACGCGCCGGCCAAGCACCGAAUCGGAUGUGUACAGCUUCGGCGUCGUCCUCCUGGAGAUCGUCUCGGGCCGACGGCCUGUGAUCGAAACUCCGGAGAGAACCUUCACGCUGCUGAGAUGGGUGUGGAGCCUGUAUGACAGGAACGCUAUCCUGGACGCGGCAGAUGAGAGGCUUAGGGGCAACGAGGCGAACGACUGGUGGAUCGAGCGCGUGCUCGUCGUCGGGCUGUGGUGCGCGCUCCCGGAGAGGAGCGAGCGACCCUCCAUCACGCAGGCCAUGCAUAUCCUGCAGUCGCCGGAGGCCAAACUGCCGGCGCUCCCGCUGCACAUUUACAGGACCGUACAUGAUACUGCGUCGUCCACAGGCCCGUACGGAGAUACCUCCAGUGGAGUUCGCUCCUCUUCGAUCAACACCGGCGACCCCAGCCUUUCUUCCAUGGAUGUCACCAAUUGA